CUUUUUCGAACCGACACGUUCAAACACGCGAUGGACAGUGGCGAUAGCGAAUUCAGCGCCGACGACGUCGUGCCGAUCUCCAAGAAUGCCAUUGAGUCGACGUUAAAGGACACGGUGUACAACCGCAAGAAAGUGAACGACUGGACCAACUCCCUCGUUGCCAUCGUCCUCAGCGGACUCCAGAACAUCAACAAACCGUUCAAAUAUGCAGUCACAUGCUUGAUCAUGCAGAAGACAGGCGCUGGUGUGACCACGGCCGCUGCAUGCUACUGGGAUGCCGUCGUCGAUGGGUAUUGCACUGUAUUAUGGGAAAACAGCACCAUCCAAUGCGUUGUGACCGUGUACGGCGUUGCGAUCUCCCCGUCAGUGAGUAAGCAUGGUGAACACUAGUACUAGUACUACUACAAAGUCAGUCCUACUAGUCACUGUGUACACACAUGUACUAGUAACCAACCCUGACAUUGAUUAAAACUGGUUGAUCAACGCCAAGCAAGCUUGGGCGACUGGUUUGAUCUCGACGGGCGUCGACACGACCAACGUCUCCAUCGUGGGCACGAGCAACUUGAACUGCGCUUUGUACGUGGCGAGCUUGACAGCGUCGUCGGUUUCUUGCUGGGUAGUACUACUAGUAGUACUAGUA